AUGUCACUAGCAACCAUCACACCUACAACUAUAAUCCAUGACAAUUCUUCCUCAGACUCUGAACCAGAAUCAACACAAACUUCUUAUCCUCAUGUCUAUAACAUAAUGAAAACAGCCACGGUAGAUCAGUCUUCUCCUAGCAAACCACCGAAGCUCCUCGUGGGCGAACUCACUCCAAAGGUCGUUUGUGAUUGGGAGAACGCGUGCUCCACAUAUUUCAUGCACAAGGAGAUCGAAGCCAAGAACCAGGGAAUGCGUGACUUUUAUGAAUGGGCUCUAGAACUACAGAAUCAAAACACCCUUCUAUUUGGCAAUGCUGCACACCUAUCAGAUGCCCAACUAUGCAACCAAUUGGAAGCCAACAUAUGCGAUGAACUUAUUACACCUGUACUCAGGGCGAAGCUCGAUCCUACCAUGAUGCUCAAGAAGUGGAUCAAAGAGGUCUGCCACCUUGAUGACAAACAUCUUGAGGAUCUUGCUAUGCAUAAGAAAUCGAAGGAGUGUCCUGACGGUCCACCAGAUGCAUCAUCCUACAAGACAUUAACAGAAGCAGAUGCCAUCGCAGCCAAACCAGUCAAGAACGAUAGGCUGAUGAAACCCAUUGCCGCUGUUGCACCUGUUGCUGCAGUAAUGCCUUUGUCUGUACUGGAAGAGGUGUUGGACUCUGAUGAUGACAUGUGCAUAGCUCCUUUUGAAACCAAUCACCUUUUAUGGUCCUGCCUUUUGGCAGGACCUUCCUCCCCUUCAUUUGAGUGCAUAAACACAUUAAUUGAUCACGGGUCACAUCUAGUUCUUAUUAAUGAGGACCUUGUGACAAAACUGGGUCUAAAAAGACGCAAACUGCAUGUUGAGAUCCAAGCGAACUCAGUGUUCCUCGCACUGUCUACUUCUCCUCUUACUUUCUCUGAAUAUGUUCAUGUCUCUCCUUCUUCUCUGAAUCAUGACUGGAUUUCUCGUACCGGGGGCCUUUCUUAUCACACAAUUGCCUCCUCAUACAUCAUGAACUUCGCACUUGCAUCAGCAAACCUUCGAACUACGACCUUUUAA